AUGGGCUCCGACGAUGAGGGAGUGCCCACGACGGCAGCCGUACGGGCGGGAAACUUCAGCAUGCGUUCACCGCAGGAAUUUGACUUUGCGGUCCCGGCACAGUGGCCCCUAUGGAUACAGCAGUUCGAAGAUUUUUCGUAUGCGUCGGGUCUCUUCGCUGCGACAGAAGAAGUAAAAGUUAGGACGCUACUGUACUGCAUGGGACAGCAGGCGCGAGUAGUGCUCAACUCGCUUACUUCGGACGAAAAAGUGCUCAAGUCUUUUGAGCUUGUCAAGUCAACGUUUACAGACCAUUUCGUUCAUCCUGUAAACGAACUAUACGAGAGCUCAAAAUUCCACAAACGUGUCCAACUUCCCGGUGAGACGGUGGACUGCUUCUACUCAACAUUGCAGAACAUGGUUAGGCGCUGCAACUACAAGUCGUCUGAGGUGGAACAACGGUUAGUCCGUGAUAGAUUCGUCGUAGGACUCUUAGACGCUCGUUUGUCGGACCAUCUGUGCCGUAACGCAAAGUUGACGUUGGCGGAGGCUCUUGUCCAAGCACGCCAACAAGAAGAUGCUGACAAGGAAAGGGCAAGCCAAGGUCAACCUCAAGCUGUCAACAUCGACUCCGCAAGAACGAGGAGGAAAAAGAAACAAACCAAGCCACAAGAUAACGGAGAGGAACACGAAGAUAAGGCUACAUGUUCCUUUUGCGGCCGUGAACCACAUACGCGCUCAGCGUGCCCGGCUAAGGCGGCAUUGUGUCGAUUGUGCCACAAGCGAGGACAUUUUGCCAUCGUAUGCAGAGCCAGAAGAAGUAAAAACCUAAACAGCAUCCAGCUAUUCGCCAUCAGCGCGUCCCGUAAAAAGGGGAAAUUCGUGGAAGUCUUUGUGGACGGUAUCCCCUUGCUGUUUAAAGUGGACUCUGGAGCCGAAGUAACUGUUAUUCCGAGUACUUUCGGCGGGAUUCCGGAGCAGUUGCAGGCACCCGACGGUGAUUUAGUAGGGCCAGGAAGUCACUCCCUACGCACAGACGGAACGUUUACAGCGACUUUGGCAUGGAAAGAGAAGGUGGUGACCCAGAAGAUAUACGUCGUCGAAGGUUUGGAGACCCCUCUUCUGGGAUUCCCUGCUAUCGAGGCCUUAGGUGUGGUAAAGUUCGUCGACCAGGUGGGAAGCUUCAAGAGGAAGUCAGGACGUGCCGUCUUACAUGUGCCAGUAACGGAAAGUGCGCAAAAGGCGGCCACGGCUUCCGUUCAUGAUACCGAACGUGGACCAUCCCGGUCGUCGGACAUCUUCAAGGGUCUGGGAACACUAAAAGAAGAGUACACUAUCAGGUUGCAACCAAACGCAGUGCCAUUUUCGUUGAUGGUCGUGCCGAAGAUAUCGGGAGGCUACCGACUUUGUGUGGACUUGACCAAACUUAAUGAAGUGGUGCAGAGGGAACGUCACAUUAUCCCUACGGUGGAGCAAGCACUAGGUCUUCUGGGCGAAGCUAAGGUCUUCUCGAAGUUAGAUGCAACCUCCGGCUUCAACCAGGUCAAGUUGGCUCCUGAGAGCCAGGAACUUACAACAUUUAUCACUCCCUUCGGUCGCUACUGCUACCAGCGCUUGCCGUUUGGAAUCACAUCCGCACCAGAAUUUUUUCAACGGGUGAUGGCUCAAGUAUUGGAGGGCCAAGAAGGGGUCGUCAACAUGAUAGACCAUGUUUUAGUGUUCGGCAAGGACAGGAAGGAACACGGCCGUCGCUUGGAGUCUGUUCUCAGUCGCCUGAGGAACGCCGGUUUAAGCUUAAACUCCGGGAAGUGUGUAUUUGGUAAGAGCAGCGUCAAAUUCCUGGGCGUUGUGGUCGACGAGAGAGGAAUUUCGCCGGACCCCGACAAAGUUGAAGCCAUCGUCAUCAUGAAACCGCCGGACAGCGUAGCAGGUGUCAGACGAUUGCUUGGAAUGGCGAAUCACAUCGGAAGGUUUUUACCAAAUCUCUCUCAGGUGACUGCACCCAUUCGUGCAUUAUUGAACAAAAACAGCAUCUGGGUCUGGGGAGCUGAGCAGCAGCAGGCCUUUGACAAGCUGAAACAGAUGCUGGUGUCCGACCGAUGUUUGGCCAGAUACAAUCCUGCUUAUCCGACGACAGUGUCAGGGAUGCCAGUUCCGUUGGAAUAG